CCCUCAGGGCCACACUCAGGGGCCCCGUUGUGGGGCCGGCCAUCUUCCUUCUAAAGCAGCUGGAGGAGGGAAGUAGGGGGUCAGUGCGAGCCUCAGUCCCCAGGCGAAUGCGCCCUUUUUAAAGAUCAGGGAACUGAGGCUCAGAGAAGGAAAGGACUUGCCUGGCAUCACACAGCCAGCCUAAGAUGGUGAAGUCAGGAGCCUCCCCGGGAACGCCCAGGGCUGCGGUACCGUCUCCUCCAUCAGACUGGGCCUCCACUCGGCUCCUCCCACAGCCCCAGGCGGGCCCCUGAGUAGGGGCUUUCAGCUUGUGUGGAGGUCCCCCAGGGACACCACCCCGAUCCAGCCUCCAUGGAGACUCUUGCCGGCCACUGGGAGGGGCCGUUGCACCCCGGGCAGCCCCUGCCAGGGCCCUGAGGCCCGAGCUCCCCGCCGAGGGCACCUGUCCCGGCUUUGCCCCAUUCGAGCAGGGCCCUGGGAGGCAGGACGGGGCCACACUGGGAAGUGAGAGGCCUCUGAGUCCCGCGCAGAGCAAGUCUCCGUCCCCAGCCCCCAAAGCAGCUGCCCUGGUGGGUGAGUCAGGCCGGUGCGGAGACUUCCCAGGAGCGAGGGAGGGAGCGCAGCGCCUUCAUCACAGGGAUGCGCCCCGCGGGAGGCUCUGGCCCUGAUUGGGCGCCGGGGCGGAGCGGCCUUUGCUCUUUGCGUGGUCGCGGGGGUAUAACAGCGGCGCGCUUGGCUCGCAGACCCAGGGAGACGGGCGGGCGCACAGCCGGCGCGGACGCCCCACAGCCCCUCCCCGGACCCGAGGCCAGGCGAGGGCCUGCCAGUGUCCCGGGACCCACCGCGCCCGCCCCAGCCCCGGGUCCCCGCGCUGACCCCAUGGCGGCGGACGCAGCCCUGCGCCGGCUUCUGAGGCUGCACCGCACGGAGAUCGCGGUGGCCGUGGACAGCGCCUUCCCCCUGCUGCACGCGCUGGCCGACCACGACGUGGUCCCCGAGGACAAGUUCCAGGAGACGCUUCAUCUGAAGGAAAAGGAGGGCUGCCCCCAGGCCUUCCACGCCCUCCUGUCCUGGCUGCUGACCCAGGACUCCACAGUCAUCCUGGACUUCUGGAGAGUUCUGUUCAAGGACUACAACCUGGAGCGCUAUGGCCGGCUGCAGCCCAUCCUGGAUAGCUUCCCCAAAGAUGUGGACCUCAGCCAAUCCCGGAAGGGGAGGAAGCUCCCGACCAUCCCCAAGGCUUUGGUACUACCACCCAGACACCCCACCAAGAGGAAGGCCUCAGAAGAACCUCGAGCUGCCGCACCAGCAGCCCUGACUCCAAGGGGCACUUCCAGCCCAGGCUCUCAACUGAAGGCCAAGCCCCCCAAGAAGGCGGAGAGCAGCGCAGAGCAGCAGCGUCUUCCACUUGGGAACGGGAUUCAGACCAUGUCAGCUUCAGUCCAGAGAGCUGUGACCAUGUCCUCUGGGGACGUCCCGGGAGCCCGAGGGGCCGUGGAGGGAAUUCUCAUCCAGCAGGUGUUUGAGUCAGGGGGCUCCAAGAAGUGCAUCCAGGUCGGGGGGGAGUUCUACACUCCUAGCAAGUUCGAAGACCCCGGUGGUGGGAAGAACAAGGCCCGCAGCAGCGGUGGCCUGAAGCCUCUGGUUCGAGCCAAGGGAGCCCAGGGCGCUGCCGCCGGUGGAGGUGAGGCUAGGCUGGGCCAGCAGGGCAGGGCUCCCGCCCCUCCAGCCCUCCCCAGUGACCCCCAGCUCCACCAGAAGAACGAGGACGAGUGUGCUGUGUGCCGGGACGGCGGGGAGCUCAUCUGCUGUGAUGGCUGCCCUCGGGCCUUCCACCUGGCCUGCCUGUCCCCGCCACUCCAGGAGAUCCCCAGUGGGACCUGGAGGUGCUCCGGCUGCCUGCAGGUGACAGUCCAGGAGAUGCAGCCCCGGGCAGAGGAGCCCCGGCCCCAGGAGCCACCCGUGGAGACCCCGCUCCCUCCGGGGCUUAGGUCGGUGGGAGAGGAGGUGAGAGGUCCACCUGGGGAGCCCCUAACUGGCAUGGACACGGCUCUUGUCUGCAAGCACCUGCCAGCCCCACCUUCUGCAGACCCCCUGCCAGGGCUGGACUCCUCGGCCCUGCACCCCCUACUGUGUGUGGGUCCUGAGGGGCAGCAGAGUCCAGCUCCUGGCGCGCGGUGCGGGGUGUGCGGAGAUGGUAUGGAUGUGCUGCGGUGUGCUCACUGCGCUGCUGCCUUCCACUGGCACUGCCACUUCCCGGCGGGCGCCUCCCGGCCUGGGACGGGCCUGCGCUGCAGAUCCUGCUCAGGAGACAUGACCCCGGCCCCUGUGGAGGGGGUGCUGGCCCCCAGCCCCGCCCACCUGGCCCCCGGGCCUGCCAAGGAUGACACUGCCAGUCACGAGCCCACUCUGCACAGGGAGGACCUGGAGUCCCUUCUGAGCGAGCACACCUUUGACGGCAUCCUGCAGUGGGCCAUCCAGAGCAUGGCCCGCCCGCUGGCCGAGGCGGCCCCCUUCCCCUCCUGACCCUGGACGGCCGGGACACGCAGCUCUGAUGGGAGGGCGCCGAGAAAGACACCUCCUCCCUCAGCCCUGGAAGCCGGCCGGCUGGGACCAAGAAGGGGACAGUGCCACGUCUUGUCAGUCCUCAGCUGUAAACACAGCCCUGUGUUUGUGGGGACACCAGCCAUCAUGUGCCUGGAAAUUAAAAUCUGUGGUUUCGAGGUGCUUGUCAGUGGGGGCAUUUGUUUGGGGCGUUCGUGUACCGUGUGCCUGGUGCCUGACGUGUUGGCCAAGCUGGCUGGAAGGGAGCUCGCCGUAAGGGAAUGGGGUGCCUGUGGGCAGGAGUUCACCAACAAAACCACGAGGCUCUGUUCCAUGCCCCCCACUGCCCCCCAGCAAAACCCGAGUCCUUGCUGUACACCCCGCAAGACCCUGCGUGGUCCGGUCCCCAACCCCGGCCUCCACCCCUUACUGUGCUCUUGGCUUCCCUC